AUGUGCCUUCACCCAUAUGCGCUGACGUGGGCCUUCUUUGUCAUGCUCUUCAUCUUCGAACCACUCGCAAAAUUGGUCUCCACCGUCGCUAGAAGCACGGACAGUGCCGAAAAGCGCGAGCAGAGGGCAGGAGCUGGGCUCAGUUCCUUUGCCUCUCCAGCGUCAUCUUCAUCUGUACCCUGCAAGGGGCCGAAGUUGAUUAUUCAUGUUGGGCCGCCAAAAACAGGAACCACGGCAAUCCAAGAAUUCCUGGUGAAGAAUUCCGGCUGGCUUCAGGAGCAGUGGGAUGUUAGUGUGGGUUUCCAUGGCAGCGGCAAGGCAGUUGCCGAGUGCAUUGUGCAUCCACUUACCUACUUCUGCAAUGGGAAGACGGCCCUGUUGAAAUCCUUGCGGCUGUCAGAGGAGAAAGUGAAGCAGAAGCUGAAAGACGGGCUGGGCUUUCUCCAGUCCAAGCUGAACUCAUCUCAGCUGGUAAUCUUGUCCAGCGAGGGCUUCCAGACCUUCGAUAACAAGUCGUGGCAGUGCUUCAGGAGCUUCUCUUCGUAUGUGGCAGAGAAAAUGAAUCUCCCGGCCGAUGCACAGGGAGACCCGGUAGGAGACAGUGACACACAGCUGCAGCAGCUGAACCGACUGAGACCAUUUGACAGAGUGAUUCCCGUUUCCUAUGACUACCUGAAGGAGGUCAACUGCAGUGGCGCAGCCUUCCUGAUCUGCAAUGCUAGCCUUGGCCUGACAGGCAAGAAGUGGUUGCAGUGCAGGAACUCUGUGAACGGUCGCAGCUCCAAGCUUCGGAACAAGUCCCCACCUCAUGCGGCAAUCGAUGUCGUUCGAUUGGCGCGGCAUUUUUACGAGAUGAAGCAGGCCAUGCGAAAAAACGUUUCGAGAUGCAAGCCCUGGCCAAUCGGCAGGUGGAGCGACGGCUACUUGUUCAGACACCCUGAUAUGAUGACGUCUACGAGCCCUGCCGUCAUCCAGGUGGCAAAGCAGAUUCCGGUCAAGUGUGAAAACUUCGACGGCUUGUUCCGCAGUGAGACUCAGAAAUGGUUUUCGCGGACAGGGGCCAAAAGGCCCAGAUAUGGCUCCAAGGACAUCUGUACUGCAGAUGUUGCUUCCUUCGAAGCAAAGCACUGGCGAUUGAUCGGCAAGAUCGCACCCGACUGCUAG